AUGAAUUUGCAUCAAUAAUAAAUGAAUUAAAAACAGCAGAAGAAGUCUUUGUUAUUAGAUAUUAUUGGAAUUUGCCAAUAGAAUAACUAUGGUCCUAUUUUGGAGAAAAAAUUGGACUUUAUUUUGAAUUCUCCUACUAUUUUAUUAAAUUUUAUGCUUAUUUGUUUAUUAUUGAAAUUCUGUGUACAAUAUUAAGAUAUUCAUUAUAAUUUUAUUAAAAAGACAUUUAUAUAGGAAUUAUAUCUACUUUUUUAUUACUAUUAACUAAAUGGAAUUGAUUUGUAAUUGAUUAUUGGAAUCAAAUAAAAUUAACAUUUACUAUCAAAUAUGGAUAAAAUAAAAAUGUAAAAGAAAGUAUAAUUAGAAAGGCUUUCAAAAGUAAGCACAUAAGAUCAAUAAGAAAUCAUUAAUUUAAUUCUUAAGGGGCAAUUCAUUUUUAGAUUAUUCAAAGGAUUGUUAUAUUGUUUGAAUAUUUUUUUAUUAGAUCAGACUUAUGAAUUAUUAUUAGGCUUAAUUUUUUCAUCUUUUUUUUUUAAACUGUAUUAGAUUAAUUUUGCAAUAAAUUUUAAAAGGCUUAAAAUUAUCAUAUCAGGAUCCUUGAAUUCUGGUAAUAAAUAUUAUAUAGAUUCUUAUUACGAAUAAAUAGCUACAAUUCUAGCUAAUUUAAAAAUUUUUAAAUCUCCCAUCAAUAUGAAAAGAGUCUUAUAAUGA